CCAAAGAACUUCAUGCGUCAUUGGCUCGUUUUUGGUUUUAAUUUUGGUUUAGUAGAUUUUAUUUUAAUACAUGCAAAAUACACACAAAUGAGUUUAUUUUUGUCUUUAUCGACGACACGUUACAUAAAAUGUUAACUGUUUGGCAAAAUCUAAACUUUGAAGCCUGAAUUUACUUUGUGUGCCAAUAAACUCCCCAAAGUAAACUGAGGAACAGAUCUCCACCCCCUCACAGUUUGUGCCAACCAGCUCGAGUAAAAACAAUCUACUACUUUCGUCGUGUUAUCGUCAUGAAGCUGAAGAGUGAGCUCUGUCAUCCUCCUACAUUUGAUACGUGUCUGGAACCAGUGGAGCUUGUAUUGAUGGGAAACGGAGGGGAAGCUCCCUCCCCCCACGCACGUUCUGCUCAAUAUUGACUAAAAAAUAUCCAGUGUUUUAACGGAGGCCUCUUUUCUGUCAACUUUCUGUCCCUCUCCAACAUCUCUGGGUUAUUUUGAGCGCAGACAAUGAAGGCAUUCAAAGGCCGCGGCCCUUUCCACCCCCUCCCCACCUGGACCACAUUCAGCAGGAUCUGGUUCGCAAACAGGUUUGCUCACUUCUCUCAUCCCUCUUGUCAAAAAUUCAGAUUCAACCCCACUCACUGUCGCGCGUUAUGGUACGUCAGAGGGCCACGGUUUCCUUGAACUUGUGCGCCGUCAGUUGGGCUCGGAUGACAGGGUUUUCAUUCAUCGCGCUUCGCUCGGCUCCGCUCCAACUUUACCUGUGCGCUCUCUCUCCGCCCAACCCGCGGUGUUCAUCCUUUUAUUCGCUCGCGACAUAUUCCACGCGUUGAAUAGAUGAAGUAGACGGAGCGGGGAUCACGCACGGAGCUUUUUUUUCUCUCUCUCUCUCUCUCCUUUUUUUUUACUGUUGCAGGACUUAUCAGUAUUUAGUUUCUCCGGACCCCUCCCACUUCCCGAGUCCGCUUUGCUUUGCUGAGAACCUUGGUCCAACCACACACCGAAACUCUGCGCAUGCCGAGCUCCCUGGCAAUAUUUAGCAGUUAGAUUACAAUGUGGACAAAUCAGCUCGUGGCGCCUGUUGUGGCUCGAGUUUGUGCCGUCGACAGAUGUCGCGCCAGCGGUGCGUAAAAAGCGGAACGCCGGAGAAGAUCGCUCCUUACUUCUUUUGGCAUCGGCUGGUUUGAUGAGGCGGUUGGCAAACCUGCACCUGCGUAUGGAGCCAGAAUGAAUGCAAGAUGUGUACCGGUGAAGCUGAGAAGAAAGCGGCUCAUUCCUUCCAUCCUCUCACUGCUGACUAUAUGCGUCCUGCUCCUGGUCUGUGCCAAGUACAACUUCAUCACAGAGACUGUAAUAAUCCCGUCGGUUUUGGACAUGCAGACUUUUCACAAGUACAGCAUCGACUGCUCGAAUAUCUAUGACAUGGACCCGGUGGAGGUGGGGAAGUCCCUGAUCAUCAGAAAGAAACAAAUCACUGACGAUACAGAUGAAAGUCUGGUUAAUCUCACCUCCAACUGCUCAUCGUUCGUGCAGCUCCGAGGUUACGAGGAUGUGUGCGUUUCGGAUGAGGAGAUGGACUUCCCCAUCGCCUAUUCUUUAGUUGUGCACAAAUCUGCCUGGAUGGUAGAGAGACUCAUCCGAGUUCUGUACUCCCCCAGUAACAUCUACUGCAUCCACUAUGACAAAAAGUCCUCGCCCCAGUUCAUCUCGGCUAUGGAGGGCCUGGCACGCUGUUUGCCCAACGUCUUCAUAGUCAGCAAGCAGGAGUCUGUGUUUUAUGCCAGCAUCAGCCGGCUAAAAGCUGACCUCAACUGCCUGUCGGAUCUCUUGGCAUCAGAAGUCAAGUGGCGAUACGUCAUCAACCUCUGCGGCCAAGACUUCCCCCUCAAGUCCAAUAUCGAGCUGGUUUCAGAGCUGAAGAAAUUAAAAGGAGCCAACAUGCUGGAGACGAGCCGACCCACCGAGUUCAAGAAGCAGAGGUACGCGUUCCACCACGAGCUCAGGGACGUGAGCUUCGAGUAUCAGAAGCUGCCCGUGAAGACGGAGAAGGCCAAGACGCCGCCGCCGCACGGGAUCGAGAUGUUCUCCGGGAACGCCUACUUCGUGCUGUCGCGGGAGUUCGUCGCACACAUGGACUCGUCGGCCGUGGUGAAAGAUUUUCUGGAGUGGUCGGAGGACACCUACUCCCCGGACGAGCACUUCUGGGCCACGCUGGCGCGAAUGCCGGGCUUCCCCGGGGAGGUGCCCCGGUCCCAGGCGGACAUCACCGACCUGAUGAGCAAGACCAGGCUGGUGAAGUGGGAGUACCUGGAGCAGCACCUGUACCCGUCGUGCACCGGGGCCCACGUUCGAAGCGUCUGCAUUUUCGGCGCGGCGGAAAUGCGCUGGCUGCUCAACUACGGCCACUGGUUCGCCAACAAGUUCGACCCCAAAGUGGACCCCGUCCUCAUCCAGUGCCUGGAGGAGAAGCUGCAGGAGAAGCAAAAGUCAUUCCAGCCGCGGGCCUCCUCAGACUGUCGAAAGGGUUAAGGGUGAAAAAAGAGCAGAGCUGGAGACGUUUGACAGGAAACUAAUCUGCCGCUAACACCACAGCUGAUGAAUGGUGUGACUAAUUUUUGACACUUUGCCUUUGUUUCACUUUUUACCACAUAGCUCCUUGGUUGUCUUUUCAACUAUGCACUGUUGGUUGGAGGAGCUAAGACAUUUGAUGUGUUUUGUGCAACGGUGAGACGACAUUUAAACAGUUAACAUUUAAACAGUUAAAUGAGAAUAGAGGGUAUGCACUGACGUCACUGGUUGGAGACACGGUCCCUCGUGUCAAAAACACAGUGAAAUGUAGCAACAAAUACAGUCAAACCAGGAAAAAUGUGGAUUAUCAGAUCAAAUUAAGGACAGUUGAACUCAACAAUGAUCCAUAUGAACUAGUGUGGAUGUCGAAAAAGUGGA